GGAGCAGCUCUGCGCUACUGCACGAAUCGAAUGUCGAAAGCGGGAAAUGAACGGAACUAUCAUCUGUUGUUCGAGACGAAAGUGAAGUGAUUCGCGGCCGAGCAGCAUUUUCCGUGCUGUGAAUCGAGCUCAAGUCCACCAUGGAGCAGAGCACGAAGAAGGAAAAACGAGGCGACCGUGUCGUACUGGACGAAGCCCAGCGUAACAGGAGAUCUCGUAAAGCGCUCGAUGCUCUCGAGCAAGACAACUACCAUGAAGAUCCUCAUGCCAACCUGAUCAUGAACAAGAAAGCGCCCAAGUUCGAGGACUCUCUCAAUACCGAGCGGAAAGACCGACCCGGGAAGCGGAAAAGUGCUCGUGAUUUCAAGCAGGUCCGCUUCAAGAAAAGUCUCGCGGCCUUGCUAGAAGAGGACCGAGCUCUCGGCACGGAAUCUCCGAACUACAUGACGGCAGCGGCUCCUGCCUCCAAAUUUCCGAAACGAUACUUCUGCGCCGUUUGCGGGAUGUACGGAAUUUACACGUGCGUUUCCUGUGGCGCGCGAUAUUGCGCCAAGAACUGUUUGGACGUCCACCAGGAGACCCGGUGCCUCAAGUGGACGGCUUGAGUCUGACUCUCAGUAGCCUGAGCAUGUGUGCACACUGUAAAUAUAAAACCUUCAUCCGUAUCCGUAGUGUCCGGUAUACACUCGAGUAUGUGAUAAUAAAGAUGCCGGCGA